UUAAAAACUCAAAAUAACCAAUGGUUUAUUCAAGAUAUAUAUUUUUUAACUAGAACAGUAGCCAUGUGUCUUUUUCUUCAGUUGUCUUUUAAAAUUAGGUCUGUACAUCUAGAAGUUUAGAAAAAAUACUUAUCUCUUGCAAGAUGUCAGAGGUGCUCCACAGUGCACCUGAACAACUUCCGUUCAUUGGAAGGAGGCAUCAAAUAAACAAUGUAGUCGAAGCCUUCACAAGCACUAUACUAACCUACAUGAGACAGGGGGAUGAGGUCGUCCACCCACUGACCAAGCUGGCGCUCAUCUGUGGAGGUCCACUGGUCGGGAAAACCCGCUUUGCUGCCGAGGCUGCUCAGGAGCUUCGAAAGUUUGUCGACGUCAAGCUCAACGUCCACUCUGUUGAACUGCAAGGACUCAGUGACCCACGCCAAGUGGAGAUGAAGAUGGCGUCAGCUCUGUUACCGUGGCAACAAAGAGAUGAUGGGAUGAUGCGUGGCAUUGGAGAUGUUUUGGGUGACCUGGAGGAGUGGCAUCUUUUCGUCUUGGAUGGAGCAGAGUGCUUUGGGGGUAACGACCUUCAGAGUGGUUUCAUGGAGCUGUGUCAAGAGGUCAUUGGGGGGUCAUCUCGGGUGCUCAUAAUGAUCACAUCUCAGUGGAAGUUCAACUUUAUCAGAAUCAUGAAUCAGGUGCUGCUAAUCCACUUAAAUCCACUCUCACCAGAUGAAUCCAAAGAACUUCUUUUCUCCAUAGCAACCGGUCUGGAAGAGUCUAGCAACAAGGAGCACAUCGAUGAGAUUAUCAAGCUGUGCGGCGGGAUCCCUUUUGCCCUGGAGCUCGUAGGAGCCGACAUGAGGGACGAGAGGCACCGACCUGCUGACAUCAUCAAUGACCUCCGCAACAAGGAUCGCAGGAAGAGGGCGACACGUUCUCAAGCCACUCCCGGGGAUGGGGAUGAGGAUGGGAGUGGUGAGGUUGAUGAUGACAAUGGAGAUGAUAGGAGCAGAGGGGAUGAUUAUCUUUCUAAUGGGGUCAAGCAAACUCUGGAGCAUCUGAUGGAGAGCAGUGUGAAUGGGUUAUCUCGCCCUUUACGGAAACGACUCACGCAGUUGAAUUUCAUCGGUGCUUCUUUCACUGCCGAUGCUGCAGCAUGCAUCACCAACACCAAUCCCACGUGUUGCGCCAAGAGGGAUCUUCUCAUCCCCCUCCACACACGCUCUCUAAUCGCCAUGGAUACGCUCACCAAGCGUUUCAACAUCCUCUCCUUUCUCCGCCUGUACAUUGAAGAACGGUACAGCCUCUUCCUCACGCCAGCAGAGACGGCCCUGGUGAGAGUGAGGUACUGUGGUUUCUAUGCUCGACUGUUGCACCGAGCAGCAGACUUGCUGGAGCAGGACAAUGCUUGCAAGUCACUUCCUAUCUUCACAGCAGAACUACAGAACAUGCAAAAAUUGUUGCAGGAAGCUAUCCACUGCUUUGAAGACAACUAUGAUCUCUUUGUUGAAGUAGCCUACCAGGCCAGGCAGCUCAUCCUGCUCUUCAUCCCGACAGAGGAUGCCAUCUCUUUCUACCAGGCGUGUCUGGAAGCAGCAGAGAGAAGGAAGGACAAGCAACGUCAAGCUAGGAUCCUCAUCUCACUAGGUCGUUUGGUACGCUAUGUAAAUGGCGACAUGAAGUAUGCUGAAGAGUCGUAUCGUCAGGCACUCGAUCUUUUGGCACCUGAUGGAGAUAGCCUGGACCAUGCCGCCAUCUUGUCUGUCCUGGGCUUCCAUUACUUUGAUAGUGCCAGACCAAAGUUAUCCAUCGGCUACCAGGAAGAGACACUGGAAAUGUUAGAGAGGCUGGAAAGGAACCUGAGGGAAGACUCAGCGUCCGACUGCAAGGAGGAUUCUGGGAAGGAUGUUCUUUCUCCCAGAAUGCAGCUGUGGAGACUCAAGGAGCAGACUCUGGUUGAAAUGGCAUGUGUACAUGCCAGGCUGGAUGGUAACUGCAAGGAAGGUAUAGCAUGUCAUCAAGAGAGCAUCAAAAUCCAGAAGAGACUGUGGAAGGACCAUCUCAACAUAGGCCGCAACUACUACUGCAUGGCCUUGGUCUACCAAAAUAUGGGGUGCAAGGAACAAGCCCUGCGAUGUGUCUUUCAAGCUCUGGAUAUCAUCGAAAGGUUAUGCACCCAACCAAGUGGCACCCUUCUAGUUUGCUACAAUAUCGUUGCAAUCGUCUACGGUUGUAAUGAUGACCUUGAAGAAGCCAUGCGCUUCGUCAACAAGGGACACAAAGUCCAAGAGCAACUCAAGACAAAGAAUAUCCUGGAGUUCUGUCUCCAUUUCAUCGAGGCCAAGAUAGUCGCAAGGUCCGGCGACCUCGCCCGAGCGCGUCAGAUGUUCAAGGAGGGUUUCGGACUCGCCAUGCCAAUCUUGGGGGAGCAUCUCAACACGGCACGUGCUCUGCAGUCCGAGGGUUGGGUAGCCCUGCGGCUUGGCGAUUGUGACGACGCAUUGGACACCCUCCAGCGCUGCCUCGAGAUGCGACAGAGGGCCUUGAAGAAUAUGAAGUGGAACGUGGAGAUAGCAGAGACAUUUGAAACCAUGGGCGAUACUUGUUCUGCCAAAGGUCAACUACAGAGGGCGCUUGAUUAUUACGAGCAAUGCUAUCACGCACUGUCUGACCCUAUUAGGUGCUACACUAAAAUGAGGUCCCCAGCAGCAAAGAAGGUGGGUGAGCUAAAAGACCUCAUCUCCAAAAAGAUGGGGAUUGUGUCGACAGAUCCAGCGGGAUGGAGCAGUGACGAGAGUGAGCUCAUGAGAACAACAGUCAUCUAUGACUACAACUAUUGGCCUAUGAUAUAGAUCAUGGCAAGAUGGCAGAUAAAACUGUGCA